CUUGUCUCAAAUGGUAUUGUGACCAUCGUAACAACAUAAAAACAAACUAAGCAUAAAAACAAGUUAAUAAGGAUGCAUAUAAACAAACACUUGGGGACUUAGUUUUUGGGACAUCGAGCUAGCAAACUAUCAAACGAAUCCGGCCAACUGUUUCUUGUUGUUUGGCAGAAAAGAAACAAGUAAAGGGGGAAAAAAAAACAGAGAGAUGAAUGGUGUGAAAUCUGAAUCGAACCUGGCAAAAAGUCAUAUAUGCUUGUUAGAAAGUGCUCAUACUGUGGCUAAUAAGUGUGUCAAGAGACGGCGUAGAGAUUCAUCUACUGUAGGCUGCAAAGAUAAACAAGCAGAUCAGCUGCAGCCACAGGCUGAUCAAUCCGCAGCCACUGCUACUCCUGUCAAAAGAAGCUCCAGAUUCCGUGGUGUUAGCAGGCAUCGGUGGACAGGGCGAUAUGAAGCUCAUUUAUGGGACAAAGGGUCAUGGAAUCCAACACAAAGAAAGAAGGGAAAGCAAGUUUAUCUCGGAGCUUAUGAUGUAGAAGAAUCUGCUGCAAGAGCCUACGAUUUAGCAGCUCUUAAGUACUGGGGAACUUCAACUUUUACAAACUUUCCUGUAUCAGAUUACGAGAAAGAAAUCGAGAUAAUGAAAACUGUUUCCAAGGAAGAGUAUUUAGCAUCAUUAAGAAGAAGAAGCAGUGGUUUUUCAAGAGGUGUAUCCAAAUACAGAGGAGUUGCAAGGCACCAUCACAAUGGGAGAUGGGAAGCAAGGAUUGGAAGAGUGUUUGGAAACAAAUAUCUCUACUUAGGGACUUAUAGCACCCAAGAGGAAGCCGCUCAUGCUUAUGAUAUUGCAGCCAUUGAAUAUAGAGGCAUAAAUGCAGUGACCAAUUUUGAUUUGAGCACGUAUAUCAGAUGGUUGAGACCAGGAGCCAAUUCUCAUGCUUCUCAAGAGCAAAUCUCAACUACACCACCAUGUCAGUCUGUGUCGACCUCCUCCAACCUCAUUCCCAUCAAGGAAAUAAAACAGACACCGGUCUUCCAUUCCAACCCUUUUAUGGAAGAUGACUUGGACACCUCUAAACAACAUGACAUUUUCCAAAGGCAGCUACCAAUCAGUCCUUGCACCAAGACAACUUCCCCAACUGCACUUGGCCUACUUCUCAAAUCAUCCAUAUACAGAGAACUUGUGGAAAAGAACUCGAAUUCUGAGAAUGAAGAAAGCAUAGAGAAUGAUAUGAAGAACCUGAACCUGCCACUGCUGAAAAACGAUGAUUCUAACAUGGUUUCGUAUGAUGUUAUCCCUGACAUUAAUUUCACAGGUUCUGGCAAUGCCGAGGCAUUGCCUGGUUUAGAGGCACAGGAGGAAGAGACCACAUUGCCAUUGUGCAAUGGGAAGUGGCAAUCGCUAUGGAAUAAUACCUUGAACAUGUCAAAUUCCAUUCCUUUCAACUAACAAUAACAAUUUGCAGUGUUUCAUUGAUAGCUUCAUUGUAAACUCUUUAAGGAAAGAUUUCUGUUUUCUCUUCUUUUACUAAGAGGCAAUUGAUGUCAGCUAAUCCGUGGUUUUAAUACCAUCUAAAUCUGUAGCUUGGAAAUAAAGUUGUUAAGUUGGUUGCUGUAUUUUUAUUGGAGAAUUCUAACAAGAAAUCAUGGAUGAUAUGUUACCCGUAGAUAUUAUUAUCAA